CAGGAGCCAGGCCAGCAUGGUGGAGUUUGCGCCCUUGUCCGUGCCGUGGGAGCGCAGGCUGCAGACCUUCGCAGUUCUACAGUGGGUCUUCUCCUUCUUGGCCCUGGCCCAGAUCUGCAUCGCAGUCUUCAUAGGCCUCCUGUUCACAAGGUUCUGGCUCUUCUCUGUCCUGUACGCCACCUGGUUCUACCUGGACAUAGACAAGCCACGGCAGGGGGGCAGGCGCAUGGAGACCUUCCGGCGCUGGGUCCUGUGGAAGCACAUGAAGGACUACUUCCCAGUUUCCUUGGUCAAGACUGCCGAGCUGGACCCUUCCCGGAACUACAUUGCAGGCUUCCACCCCCAUGGGGUCCUGGCGGCAGGAGCCUUCCUCAACCUGUGCACUGAAAGCACAGGCUUCUCUUCACUCUUCCCGGCCAUCCGCCCCCAUCUGAUGAUGCUAACCAUGUGGUUCCACGUGCCCUUCUUCCGGGAUUACAUCAUGUCUGGAGGGCUGGUUACAUCAGACAAGACCAGUGCUGAUUACAUCCUGAGCAGGAAGGGCAGCGGGAACUUGCUGGCCAUCAUCGUUGGGGGGUCCCAGGAGGCACUGGAUGCCAGGCCUGGAGCCUAUACCCUGCUACUGAAGAAGCGAAAGGGCUUCAUCAGGCUUGCCCUGAUCCACGGGGCAGCUCUGGUGCCGAUUUUCUCCUUUGGGGAGAACAACCUAUUUAACCAGGUUAAGAAUGCCUCUGGAUCCUGGCUGCGCCGUGUGCAGAAUCGGCUGCAGAAGAUCAUGGGCAUCUCCCUCCCACUCUUCCACGGCCGUGGCAUCUUCCAGUACAGCUUUGGUCUCAUGCCCUUCCGCCAGCCCAUCACCACUGUCGUGGGGAAGCCCAUUGAGGUGCAGAAAAUACUGCAGCCUCAGAGGAGGAGGUGGACCAGAUGCACCAGCGCUAUAUGA